ACAGACGACCCACGAGGUUAUGUUCACCUGCACACGUGGUACUUCCCGGGCUUCAGCACAAACGAGUUCCAGAAUCCGAUAUACGAUAUCAGACGGAACAACUACACGGUAUUGGUAUCCCACGACUUGGGGACGAAUAUGGCGCACUACGAAUACGCCGAUGGAUCUGCUUCGGCGGUGGCGAAAUACGUUCGACCGCUGAUUAAGGCGGGCUUCAACGUGCUGAUGUGGGAUAAACGCAAUCAUGGUCUAAGUCAACAUAUGCCGCCGAUUGCCCUCGGGCUAUACGAACAGUCUGAUGUGAAGGCGAUGAUAAAUUGGCUAGUAGAAACCCAUCCGCUCGCCUGCACGGAUGGGCAAGUGGCGAUUCUCGGCGAGGGCGUUGGUGCGGCUGAGGCGAUGUAUGCGGCGGCUACGGACGACCGGAUAGCCGCAGUUGUGAGUGACAGCUCAUACCUGACGGGUGCUCUGUCUAUGAAGGAGUGGGUGUAUUCGCAUUGGUAUCUGAUCUACGUCCCGCUGACCUGGAUAUCGCACUGGCAGUGGUGUCUGGAGUUGGUAGCAGGGUGGUCCUUCAGUGACAUGGACGUGGCGGCUGUCAUGGGCGCAUCACAUACGCCAGUGCUCAUUGCGCACGGCACCAGAGAUGAAUGGCACCAGUUUGCCGAUGGCAAGUUGCUCUAUGAAUAUGUCCUCGGCAAUCGCACGGAACAAGGGGCCCCCACGGAAUGGUUUCCGUACGCUCAGGCCCACACUCAGGGGUAUCUCGAACCAAACUACUUUGAACGAGUGAUCGAGUUCUUAGAUGUCCAUUUCAAAAUCUCGGUUUCCCCACCGGUUGCCAUCAACGAAGCGGUCACCAAGAAAAGGACGAAACCGCAGAAUGCCGCGGAUAGCAAAGGAGAGAAGGAAAACCCUGAUUCUAAAAAUAGACCACCACACCAGCCUGAGGUCGAGGACAGUACAGAGCAGCAGCCACCAACGCCCACAACACAGGCGAGCCCAAAGGAGACGCUUGAUUCUAAAAAUAGACCACCACCACCGCCUGCGGUUGAGGACAGAACAGAGCAGCAUCCAUCCACGCCCACAACACAGGCGAGCACAACGGAGCCAGUGAAACCAGACACCGAGGCACACGCGCAGAGCGGGGCGGAUGCGGAGUCAAAGGACAAGCCAGCACCAAAACCUGAGCCUGAAGACAGAUGAUGCGUAAACUGCAUAGAGAAUAAAGUUGCACCGCUGAAUUGAUGCUGGGCCAGUGCACGGUGUGCAGCCAAAGGCCUUUGGUACUGAUUGGGUUGCCAAUGAUUUUGAUUUGAGGGGAUUUAGGGUUGAGUAGGGUGCUCAUGUCCUGUGCAUAUAGUGCGAAACAGUUCGCUACUUUUGGCCAGAUGUCAGUUUGGUGAUAUCGCUGAGUAUUUGAGUGCGAUCCGACGCAGCAAUAUGUAAAUAGAUCGAGAGUGGGCGCCACAACGCAGAGCCACUGUCACUGACAAUGACACUGACACUAACACCCUCUCAUGACCGCAAAUAUACGUACGAGCAGAGUAGGAUGCAUGUCCUAGUACCAAAAUAAACG